GAGAGAGAGAGAGAGAGAGAGCGAGCGGGAGAGGGAGAGUGUGGUGUGAACAAGGGACCAAGCUGUAAAGUAAAAAAUCCAUCGCGGCGAGUGUGAGGACGGAGUGACAUGCUGCUGAGGUGCUGAACGGCUCGGAGGUUUUAUUUACAGUUCUCGCAUUCGAACAUCAGCCUCAGGAUGAAGACUUUACUUGCAGCAUACUCAGGGGUUAAAAAGGGUUCAGGUUCUCGGCUCCUCUCAGCUCUGCAGGAUCUACCAUCAGCUCCAUGGCUCUCCAAAUCCAAACUAGUGAAGCAGCUGCAGAUCAUCUCUGUCCUACAGUUCGUCGUUACCUUCCUAACGAUGGGCAUUACUGCCACACUGUUACUGCUCUACCUGCUGUGCACAGACUGCUGGGUAAUUUCUGCUGUUUACAUCGCCUGGCUUGUCUUCGACUGGAACACACCUAAACAAGGUGGCCGCAGAUCGGCGUGGGUGAGGAGCUGGACUGUGUGGACGUAUUUCAGAGAUUAUUUUCCUGUCCAACUUAUCAAGACCCAUAACUUACCUCCCAACCGUAACUACAUCUUCGGUUACCAUCCUCACGGCAUCUUCUGCUUCGGAGCAUUCUGUAAUUUCUCCACGGAGGCGACAGGAUUCUCCAAGAAAUUCCCGGGGAUCAAGCCGUCCCUCGCCACGUUGGCCGGAAACUUCUGGUUCCCCUUGCUGAGGGAUUAUUUAAUGUCUGGAGGUAUUUGUCCAGUGAAUCGGAACUCCAUCGAUUAUCUCCUGUCUUGUAACGGGACAGGGAACGCUGUAGUCAUCGUGGUGGGCGGAGCUGCUGAGUCUCUCAACUGCGCCCCGGGGAUGAACUCUGUGACCCUGAAAAACCGCAAAGGCUUCAUCAAACUCGCACUGCAGAAAGGAGCGGACCUGGUGCCCGUGUACUCAUUUGGAGAGAACGAGUCGUAUAAGCAGGUGAUAUUUGAUGAGGGUUCGAGGUGGCGCUGGAUUCAGAGGAAGCUGCAGAAGCUGCUGGGUUUCGCUCCCUGCAUCUUCCACGGCUGUGGAUUUUUCUCCACCAAGUCAUGGGGCUUCGUCCCGUUCAGAAAACCCAUCAACACUGUCGUUGGAGAACCAAUCACGGUGCCCAAGCAUGAGGAGGCGACUCCAGACAUGGUGGACAUGUACCACACCAUGUACAUCAACUCUCUCACCACACUGUUCAAUACGUACAAGACACGCUUCGGCCUGAAAGAAUCGGACGUCCUCCUCAUUCACUGAAGAAGAAGAAGAAGAAAACAGAAACCCCCAGUGUUUCAUAUUUUCCAUCACACAAACACACACUGCAUCACCGAAACCUGAAACCAUAUAAAUAACGACCUGAGCUGUGUUCCGAUUCUGUCGACUUCCACGUCUUCUGCUGUGCCACUUCCUCUUGGCCCUGAUCCCUCAGAGCACAUUUUCAAGAACAAAUCUUUUUUCUGAAGAUAGAAUAAUAAUCUACAGACUCUCCUCCCCUCCUUCCCUUCCAUGGCCUUGAUUUGCAUAUUGAAACCUGAUUGGCUCUUAGAUUUGAUGAUGUAAUAAAUCUCUCGCGUUCAGAUUUUCCAGUCAAGAUGUUUGUUCACAGAAAUGGUGCAAAGUGGUGAACAUUUUCACAGUUUCAGCAUCUGCACACUCAAAUUUCGGGCUGUUUUUGUACCUUAAUCAGCGCAAGUGGUUAUAUGAGUGUUAUAUGAGUGACUGACUCAGUGUAGACCUGAGAGACCCCAUGUCGUGCACUCAUAUGAGAAGCAGUGAACUGAAUCCAAAAUGGCUUUCUACUCAUUCACUACACAGUGUGCAGAAGUGAUAUGUUCAUGCUGCCUGCUUGCGUGGCCUUUGAGUGCACGAGGGUGUGUUGAAAAUGUUAUUAUAACAGUGAUAAUGAGAAAUGAAGAUCAGUUGUACAAUGCUUUUGGGCUGAUUUAGUUCUCUCUAAUUUUCAAACCAGGUUUAUAUGACCCCUUAAGUUAUUAUUUUUAUUAUUUUUAAUACUUUUAUGUUGUUGUUGUUGUUGUUUUUUUGCAAAAGCAGUGCAAUGCCACAGAAAGACACAGUUACAGCCAGAGACACAGACUGAACUGUGUUUUUUUGAGCAGGAAUAAAGGAUGAGAUUGUGUUUAUAAUCAGUGCACAAAUAGAAAUGUGAAGCGGAAGCAGUCAUGUGAAGAUCAUCAUUGGUUGUCGAAGUCUGAUCAGAUCUGUUUAACGUCUGAAUCAACACGUCCAUGUGUAAUUGUCCAGGAGUUUGUUUAAUGUGUUAUACCAUGCCGCUCAAGUGUUCAUAAAUUCAACAUAAAACAUUUGUUGAAAAUGCGUCAAGCUGAACAAUUGUUUCUUUAAACUGAUGUUCGGUAGCUGAUCGUGCUGCAGUCUGUCUGUAUUACACGCACUGAUCUCAAUCGUAAAAUCAAACUUUUGUAUGUUUUUGGAAUAAAAAAUAAAACGUAUAAAACUG